GCGGCCUUCGUCCUUCUCCGGCAUUCUCCGUUCGGACUCGGCUGCGGUCGACCGAGCUGAUUUUCGCUGUCGUCGUCUCCCUCGUCCUCCUCUCCGUGUUGUUGUUCUCGGUGACGCGACGGAGGUGUAGCCUGACGCGGUCUCUUACGUGUCGGUCUGAAUAAAAGUGGAGCUCCGUAGACCCGGGAGUGACGAAGCGAGUCUGUGUUGAUUUUAAAUGACAAUGGAGGCUGGUGCAGACACACAGCAAAGUGGUGAAACGGUUGUGUCCGAGUCUGAGGCCCAGCACAUCACUCUGACCCAGGCGUCCAUAGCAGCCAGCCAGUUGACAACCGGUGGUUCCACCGUCACACUAGUGCAGCUACCUAAUGGUCAGACGGUCCAAGUGCACGGAGUGAUCCAAGCGGCCCAGCCCUCCGUAAUCCAGUCCCCUCAGGUCCAGACGGUACAGAUUUCAACCGUUGGUGAGAGUGAAGAUUCUCAGGAGUCCGUAGACAGUGUCACAGAUUGUCAGAAGAGGCGAGAGAUCCUGUCCAGGCGACCCUCUUAUAGGAAGAUUCUCAACGAUCUGUCGUCAGACGUUCCAGCGGUGCCUCGCAUUGAGGAAGAGAAGUCGGAAGACGACUCGGCCCCCCCCAUCACCACGGUCACCAUGCCCACCCCCAUCUACCAGACCAGCAGUGGGCAGUACAUCGCCAUCACCCAGGGCGGAGCCAUCCAGCUGGCCAAUAACGGCACGGAUGGCGUGCAGGGCAUGCAGACACUGACCAUGGCCAACGCCGGCCAGGGUGGCGCCACCAUCCUGCAGUACGCCCAGACAUCCGACGGGCAGCAGAUCCUAGUGCCGAGCAACCAGGUGGUCGUACAAGCCUCCUCCGGGGACGUCCAGGCCUACCAGAUCCGCACGGCCCCCACCAGCGCCAUCACCCCCGGGGUGGUCAUGGCAACGUCCCCCGCACUGGGCUCGGGAGGAGGCACAGAGGAAGUCACGCGCAAACGGGAGGUCCGACUUAUGAAAAACAGGGAGGCCGCCCGGGAGUGUCGCAGGAAGAAGAAGGAGUACGUCAAGUGUCUGGAGAACCGCGUGGCUGUGCUGGAGAACCAGAACAAAACCCUCAUCGAGGAACUCAAAGCCCUCAAAGACCUGUACUGCCACAAAUCUGAGUAGAGAGGACCCCAAACGCCUGGCGGGGGUUCGACCGGGGCCCGACUGUCCCCAUGUACAGAGACUCAGCAGAGAGCCAUGCACCCGGAUGCCAACCCCCCCCCCCCACCACCCUUUUCUACUUUGGCUUUCUUUUUAGAAACUGCUGAAAAAUCUGUAAAAAUGACUCACCAGGAAGAGGAGGGGAAAAAAAAAACUUGCCCCCGCCCCCGCGCUCUACGAAAACCGCAAUUCUGUUUUCUCCACCAAAGCGCGGCGUUCAGGGCGGGGUGCUGAGGUCACCACGCCGCGCCGGACAGGGUGCUCGCGGCAAAGGGUCGGGGGACGAGAACCACGAGGGCCGCUCCGGACUCUCCGGCGCCGCCGAAAGGGACGCGUGCUCUGUCACUGGGGGGGCGGGCGACAUCACCAGCAACGGGGGAACUGCUCGCCAAACCGUCGCCAGCGGGGACGGAACAUUUUACAGUUGCAUCUCCCCGGGACUCUUGGCUCGCGCGGAGAGGUUUCCCUCCGUGUGCAUCGUUUGUUGUACUAUUGCAUUAACAGCUGUUACUUACUAAUGCUUUGAACUGUAGAUGGGCUGCGUCAUGGACAUUUUAACUUUUAGCGGUGUUUUGUUUUAUUAUGUAUUGGAUCGUCUGCUGCAAAAUGUUUUUUUUUUUUUAACUUUAUUUUACUUUGCCUUGAUACGACCAGAGCAGCAGCAACAACAACAACAACAACAACAAAAAGUCUCCCAUUUAUGCGGAGUUUUAAAUGGGUUUUCAUGUCAAAUGCAGCUUUAAAGAAACAUGACAGACAGGCCAAA